CCUUCUCUGACGGUUUCAAAAAUUAAUACGGUUGUUCUCUUCCAUUUCUCUUCAAGAAGCAUGUGGCAAUCAGUGUGAGCUACUGAGGAGGUGUAGUGAUCUCCACUGCCACCAUGAAGGCGGCGGCGAUGGAGGAGCCGCUCAUCGCCGGCAGCAGUGGCGGCGCGGCGGAGAAGAACGGCGGCGAGGAGGAGGGGUUGGUGGUGACCGAGAUCAAGAAGCAGCUGUACCUCGCCGGGCCGCUCGUCGUCGGCAUGUUGCUGCAGAACGUCGUCCAGAUGAUUUCCGUCAUGUUCGUCGGCCACCUCGGCGAGCUCGCCCUCUCCAGCGCCUCCAUGGCCACCUCCUUCGCCGGCGUCACCGGCUUCAGCUUGCUGGCUGGCAUGGCGAGCAGCCUGGACACGCUGUGCGGCCAGGCGUUCGGCGCGAAGCAGCACCACAUGCUCGGCGUGUACAAGCAGCGGGCGAUGCUGGUGCUCGCGCUGGUGAGCGUCCCGAUCGCGGCGGUCUGGGCCUUCACCGGCGAGAUCCUCCUCGUCGUCGGCCAGGACCCGGAGAUCGCGGCGGGCGCCGGGAGCUACAUCCGGUGGAUGAUCCCGACGCUGUUCGUCUACGGGCCGCUGCAGUGCCACGUCCGGUUCCUGCAGACGCAGAGCGCCGUCGUGCCGGUGAUGCUCUCCGCCGGCGCGACGGCGGCGAACCACGUGCUCGUCUGCUGGCUGCUCGUGCACAGGCUCGGGCUGGGCGCCAAGGGCGCCGCGCUCGCCAACGCCGUCUCCUUCCUCACCAACCUCUCCGUGCUGGCCAUCUACGUCAGGCUCUCGCCGGCGUGCCGCCGCACCUGGACCGGCUUCUCCGGCGAGGCGUUCCGCGACGUCCUCGGCUUCUUGAGGCUCGCCGUGCCUUCUGCGCUCAUGGUCUGCAUGGAGUGGUGGUCGUUUGAGCUCCUGGUGCUGCUCUCCGGUCUUCUGGCAAAUCCCAAGCUUGAGACGGCCGUUCUGUCCAUAUGCUUGAACACAAACUCUUUCGCCUUCAUGGUGCCACUUGGACUUGGUGCUGCCAUAAGUACGCGCGUGUCGAAUGAGCUCGGAGCUGGGCGACCGCAGGCGGCACGCUUGGCGACCCGUGUUGUGAUGCUCCUGGCGUUCUUGGUAGGAACUUCAGAAGGCCUCGUGAUGGUUAUUGUGCGCAAUCUCUGGGGAUAUGCGUACAGCAAUGAGGAGGAAGUGGCAGAUUAUAUAGCUAAGAUGAUGCCUAUUCUUGCUGUGUCCAUCCUGUUCGAUGCAAUUCAGUGUGUUCUGUCAGGUGUUGUUAGGGGCUGUGGACGACAACAGAUUGGUGCUUUCAUCAACCUAGGGGCUUAUUACCUGGCUGGCAUACCUGUAGCAUUCUUUUUCGCCUUUGUCUGCCAUCUAGGAGGAAUGGGGCUAUGGUUUGGAAUAUUGUGCGGAUUAGUGGUGCAGAUGCUUUUGCUUCUCACCAUCACCUUGUGCACCAACUGGGAUAAAGAAGCACUGAAGGCGAAGGAUAGAGUUUGCAGUUCUUCACUUCCUAAAGACUUGGCAACAUGAGGUUACAUCAACAGAAGAGCAAAUGCAUGCAGUUUUAUUGGAUGCGAAGUAUUACAAAUAAAUUGUUUUUGGUACCCUUGGCAGAAUCAAUGAAUGCCUGAGUUUUGAUAGUUUGAGUUAGCUAGCCUAGGUAUGAUUUUUGUAACGCGCAAAAACCUAUCAGAUCUUGUAUUACACAUUCUAGAUAUAACAAAUAUUAGUGUUUCCUCUUGACCAUUAAUUUUCAGAACGAAAAUUAAAUAUAACGGCAACAGCAUUGUUCUUGUCAAUGCAGCAGGCCAUUGUCAAGCA